UUGAAGUUUGAACACAUUUUCAAAACUCAAAACGAUCACGUGGGCCUACAUUUCACAAUUCGAUCAUGGAUAUGCAUCAAGACAAGGAGAUGGUCAAUCCGUCUGACCUUCCGUCUGUGAGAAAUAACGGUGCGGGAGAAUCGAGCGGAAUUCCGGGCUCGUCGGCCGUCAACAACGUCGAUGUACGGCCAGCCUUCUUUUUCGGUCGAUUAAAUCGCGAAGAUCCACCAGGAUGGACCGGCUAUAAACGGCCUACACCACCACAGUCCUUGUCCUUUCUACCGGCUUCCCUCUCUAAUCAUGCGAAUCAUAUUAAAGUUGUUGAAAAAAAAUUAAUUAAAGUUAAGAUUUUAACUAAACAAAAACAAAAAAAAAAGGAAGCGAUAACCCUAAAAAGUGAAUUCCCCAAAUUAAGAAAGGCCCCGCCAGGUUGGACUGGUUAUAAAAGAAAAGAUCCAACUUCCGCAGCUACGGUCAUGUUCUCUUUGGACGACGGCAAACAAAAAAAACUGCUAAACGAGCCAGAAGUCGUGCCGGAAGAGCUGCUCUACGCCUCGCAAAAGGAAGAGGACAAAAGUGAAGAGGGGCCGGAGAUUAUCAAGCUUCCGGAUCAGCCACAAGCCACGCCCUGCACUAUACCACUAGCCACGCCCCACGCCUCGAGAUUAUUGCCGGAUGUCAACCAGGACGACAGCUCGUGCCGCGCCAAGUCCGAUACCGGCGAAACGCGAGAGAUUAUCAAGCUUCCGGAUCAGCCACAAGCCACGCCUCGCACUAUACCACUAGCCACGCCUCACGCCUCGAGAUUAUUGCCGGAUGUCAACCAGGACGACAGCUCGUGCCGCGCCAAGUCCGAUACCGGCGAAACGCGAGAGAUUAUCAAGCUUCCGGAUCAGCCACAAGCCACGCCUCGCACUAUACCACUAGCCACGCCUCACGCCUCGAGAUUAUUGCCGGAUGUCAACCAGGACGACAGCUCGUGCCGCGCCAAGUCCGAUACCGGCGAAACGCGAGAGAUUAUCAAGCUUCCGGAUCAGCCACAAGCCACGCCUCGCACUAUACCACUAGCCACGCCUCACGCCUCGAGAUUAUUGCCGGAUGUCAACCAGGACGACAGCUCGUGCCGCGCCAAGUCCGAUACCGGCGAAACGCGAGAGAUUAUCAAGCUUCCGGAUCAGCCACAAGCCACGCCUCGCACUAUACCACUAGCCACGCCUCACGCCUCGAGAUUAUUGCCGGAUGUCAACCAGGACGACAGCUCGUGCCGCGCCAAGUCCGAUACCGGCGAAACGCGAGAGAUUAUCAAGCUUCCGGAUCAGCCACAAGCCACGCCUCGCACUAUACCACUAGCCACGCCUCACGCCUCGAGAUUAUUGCCGGAUGUCAACCAGGACGACAGCUCGUGCCGCGCCAAGUCCGAUACCGGCGAAACGCGAGAGAUUAUCAAGCUUCCGGAUCAGCCACAAGCCACGCCUCGCACUAUACCACUAGCCACGCCUCACGCCUCGAGAUUAUUGCCGGAUGUCAACCAGGACGACAGCUCGUGCCGCGCCAAGUCCGAUACCGGCGAAACGCGAGAGAUUAUCAAGCUUCCGGAUCAGCCACAAGCCACGCCUCGCACUAUACCACUAGCCACGCCUCACGCCUCGAGAUUAUUGCCGGAUGUCAACCAGGACGACAGCUCGUGCCGCGCCAAGUCCGAUACCGGCGAAACGCGAGAGAUUAUCAAGCUUCCGCCUCACGCCUCGAGAUUGUUGUCACAGGUCACUCCGGUCGUCAGCCAAGAGGACAGAGGUGACGUGAACGGGAAGAUGGUGGAUAGAGAACUGAGCCGGCAGAUAAAAGCGGUUGACGAAAUGGUGAAACGUUUCGCAGAAGUAUCCCGCCUGGAGUUCCCGGGCGUGGACGAGAAGGAUGAAGCGUUGGCCUCGAGCGGAGGUUUGAAGCGGCAAAAGAUCGAACCAGUUGCCCAGGGUCCACAAAAUCCGCACCCUCCGAUAACCCUUACCCGAACACCACUCAAAGUUCCAAAUUUCGAGUUUCCCUUUCCUUAUCAGAUCUUCUCGGAAUUUGGAACCUGCAUUUAUUAUAAUAAGAAGAGGAAAACGGCAGAAUAUGCCACAUACGAGUUGAGUAUGGAAGGGGAGAGACUCUUCUUAUUAGAACGCAGAUAUUAUAAAGAUCCACGUAUUUUACCGGUGAGGAGGGUGCGGAUGUACAAUCUGAAUGAGAAGCGCUACGUACUGUUUCAUAUGAUUCCAGUUGGUCAUAUGAACGAUCUGAUGAAACAGUACGUAGCCAAUUGCCUAACUAAUCUCAUCCCGUUUAAUGGCAAAAUGAACACCGGACCCUGGGCAGCAAUGGAACGUGAAGAUUUGAAGGCUGCCAAACUUUAUCAAAAAACAAUCAUUCAUGUAGGAGAGUUGAGGGUGCCCCCUAAAAAGGGUGAAUUAGAAUGUUACAAGGUAUUAGAUAAUAAGGUUACCAUUUUAAAUAAGAUCUAUAGAGCUAGAGAAUGCCACGACAAACUAGGAAAAAUACACCUAGUUUGUCGUGGCUUCGAAAAUGCUGACCCCAAAUCUUAUGAUUUAGAUUAUUAUAACAUUUCUUUAAGUGAUGUUUGGGUUUGGGGGGGGUCAGAUAUUGUUAAAAAUAAUCUCAGUAAUAUUUGUACAGUAAAUGGAGAGCCUUUUAGCUAUAAGGAAUUUGUUAAAAAAAUAAACACUGAAAAAUAAAUAAAAACUUUCAUUUCGAACGUAGAAUUUUUUAAAUUUUUGUCACUUAACGGUGGUCCUUGACGAUUUCGAACCGAUUUAGCCCCGACCCAGUCACGGCUUUCUCGCAGAAGAGGAAGAAGCAAAGAAGAGCACCGCCAGGAUGUCACCGGCGUAUUUGGGCUGACGGAGCCGGCCCCACGCCUUGGGGGGAUAAGAUUAAUAUCAUUUUUAUUAAAAAAGAAACCUUCAUUUCUAAUCUAAAAAGGUGCAGGUGGUUAUGUUACACAUGACCAGUGUGACAAAAAACUUUGCCGUGUUUGUCCGCCGUGG